GAGCUCGCCGCUCCGGACAUAGCGCCGAGAAAAAUGCUGCUCUCCGUACCGCCAAGGGCAGGAAUCAACCCAUACAACGGCUAUACCAGCAGAAACAGCAAAAAGCAGGCUUAUGUGUCCUCCGGCCACCUGAUGGCGCCCCCCAGUCCCAACACCAACAGCAGUAGCAACAGCAGUGGAGGGGGAGGGGAGCAACUGAGUAAAACAAACCUGUAUAUCCGUGGCCUCCAUCCAGGAACCACCGAUCAAGACCUGGUCAAGCUCUGCCAGCCGUAUGGCAAAAUCGUGUCCACCAAGGCCAUCUUGGAUAAAACCACCAACAAAUGUAAAGGGUAUGGCUUCGUUGACUUUGACAGUCCCGCCGCAGCACAGAAAGCUGUCACAGCUCUGAAAUCCAGUGGGGUCCAGGCUCAGAUGGCCAAACAACAAGAACAGGAUCCCACCAACCUCUACAUCUCCAACCUGCCAGUGUCCAUGGACGAGCAGGAGCUGGAGAGCAUGCUCAAGUCCUUUGGGCAGGUCAUUUCCACACGCAUCCUCCGAGACGCCAACGGGACCAGCCGUGGAGUCGGAUUCGCCAGGAUGGAGUCCACAGAGAAGUGCGAGGCCAUAAUUCAACAUUUCAAUGGCAAAUUCAUCAAGACUCCACCGGGAGUGCCUGUGCCCACAGAGCCCUUAUUAUGCAAGUUUGCAGACGGAGGUCAGAAGAAGCGGCAGAACCAGGGAAAGUAUCUCCAGAACGGGAGGCCCUGGACGAGAGACGGCGACACGGGAGGAAUGACGCUCGCUUAUGACCCCACAGCCUUACAAAAUGGCUUCUACUCCUCACCUUACAGUCUGGCUCCAAACCGGAUGAUCGCUCAGACCCAGCUCUCGCCCUACAUGCAUUCUCCUGUCUCUUCCUACCAGGUUCACAGCCCGUCCUGGAUGCACCAUCAGUCAUACCUCAUGCAGCCAGCUGGUACAGUUCUUACCCCAACCAUGGAUCACGCCAUGUCCAUCCAGCCCACGUCCAUGAUGGGACACCUCACCCAGCAACUCAGCCACCUGUCUCUGGGCAGCACUGGCACAUAUAUUCCGGCCAACUCAACUAUGCAGGGGACCUACAUCCCCCAGUACACCCCAGUGCCUCCCUCCAGUGUCCCAGUAGAGGAGAACGGCGGUCAGCAGCAGCAGGUUACCAUGGAGACUCCUGCGGAACACACAAACUACUCGUACCAACACACCAAGUGAAGCCAAGCGUGGAGCCGAGGGCACUGACCGAAUCCCGACUACCAGGAUUCAUCUGAACCAGAUCUGAGCUCUGUACCAUCACCAAGCACCCGGACUUGAACAUGGAUAAUAAAAAGGAACGUGUGUGUGCGCGUGCGUGUGCGUGCGUGUGUGCGUGCCUGAGUGCGUGCGUGUUUAUGUGUUCUUACAUUUUUUUUUUUUUUUUUUUUUUUUUUAACAAAAAAGGACAUUUUGACGUCAUUGGACUUUUCUGCUCACAUCCUCAAGAGUCGAUCAACCAAAGGUGGGAAUGAAUCUUCUUCAGAGAAGUUUUGAUCUAUUUUGAUAACCGAACACGGAAGAUAACUAAAGAGACGAGAAAAAAAAAGGAAAAAAAAAAAGAAAAAAAACAACAUUAGAAGAGGAGGAAAAGACAGAGCAUUAUUUUUGUGCACGUAAUAUAACAAAUUCUUAUUUUUAACAAAGCAUUCUGGACGUUUCAGAGUGAUUCAAGGAAGAGUUGAAACACAAUGUGUCUUUUUAUUUUUUUGGUAAAAUAUGCAAAACCUUUAUUUUUAUUUUCUCUGGUGUCUGUUGUUUGACAUUCUACUCGCAGCAGCGGAGGACGAACAAUUUGUACAGAUUCAAUAAGAAAAAAAAAAAACCUUGGAAAGACUUUGCUGGCCUGACUGUGGGAGGCAAACCGUUUAAAGCUACUUCUUCCUGUUACUGCUGCAGAGAUUUCUAUUCACGCACAGAUGAUGUUAACAUCGACUGUUUAUAGUUUAGUCAAAUCAGUUAUUUUUUUUCCUUUUAAUUUUUUUUUUUUUUUUUUUUUUUUUUGGUCACACGUGAACAAAAAGACAAUCAAUUAUUUAUAUUUAUAUUUGAAUUAUAGUUCUAUUUUUUAGAGUUUUUAGAAAAAGAGGUUAUUUAAUACUGCGGUCUGCAACGGCGACAUGAAACGGACUUCAAGAUCUUUACCCUUCAUGUUCAGAAGCCUCAAUAUUAAGCUCAUAAAAAUGUUUUUUUUUUUUCCUCCUGAUGGUUGGAUGACUUAAAAAUCCACUUCUAGUCCCAUUUUCAUCUCCAUUGAAAGAAACCCGCCUGUUUGAAGUUUUCCUCUGGUUCCGUUCCUCUCCGCCCAUCAGAAGUGGUUUUAAGCGGUUUCGUCGUGGCGAACCGUCGGGCAACGUGUGAAUUCAUUCAUCCGGCCGCAGAGAUGAAGCCAACGCGCUUCGCGUGAAACGAAAGAACGAUGCAGUCUCUAAAUUAAGGUGUAGUUUUAGCUGAAGCAAUAAGGGAAAUCAAAUGAAAGACUGAACCAAAAUCCCUGAGGGCGAGUUGUUGGACGGAGAGGGAGCCGUAAGUCUUUAUUCAAUGCUGCUGUCACCUGAGUUUUCUGUCAGUGAGUUUGUUUUUUUAAGUUUUUAAAUCUUGGAAACUUACAUGUCUUUUUCUUUUCUUUUCUUUUUUUUUGUCUGUCACUUGAAACAUUUUGAACUAAUUUGCCUUAUUUUUAAUGAAUUAAUCGUAGAAGUAGAGUAGACUAGCUGUAGAUUUUAGCUUUUUCAAGAGUAGAUGUUAGGCUUUUGAUGCUGUUGUUUGAUGUUUUUUUGUGCACAUUGAGAUUUUUUUUCUUUUUUUUCUCUUGUUUUCACAUGAAUUUCCGUUCCAAUCCUCGUGUGAUCUGUCCUGAUAUUGUGUCUUGGCCUGUUUGUGGAAAAACCCUUUCUGACCAGAGAGCUGCUCCAAACCAUAGAUUCAUUUUUGAUGCUGGUCCAAAAAAAUCGAGCGACGCUGCAUCCAGAGAGAAGCUUCGUACCGACGAACCUGCAUAGGUUUCAGAGUCUGCCACUCAGCACCACCUGCAUCCAGACGUGUGGACUUUUAAUUUAUACAGACAUCCGAAACUGUAGAUAUGUAGAUAAUAGAAUUAACGGUUUUACAGCGGACUGCUCACUAGACCAUGGAAGUGCCAUUAAUGACAAUUCUUACAGCCUUUAGUGAGACAGCAGGUCUGAAUGAGUUUGUGAGCGAUCCGAGAUUUGAGCAAAAACCAACUUUUAAGCGAAGCCUUAAUGUUUUUCCUCUGGAUGAACUGCCUGACUCCUCAGAGGAUGGAUCCACGUUAAGCUGUACAUACUAAAGAGGCGGAGGAGCUCCUCUCUCCACGCUCCUCCGCCCUUCACUGUUCAGUCUGGCGACGAGCGUCGCCUUUCUCCAGGAUCACUGGUUGGGUGAUUCUGUGUGUGCGUUCGUGUUUUAGUGAUGUUUUGACUUUUUGUUUUUAGUUCUGUUUCUGUUUGUACAUUUCUGCAACCAAAGAUGUUGUAGCCGCCCUCCUUUUGAGCUCCAGAUAAACCGCUCCCCUUCACAGACACACAUCCGCUGUGCGCCGCUGGAUCAAACGUCUUCUGGACUGAAAAUUGAUAGUUUUUACUUCUGGCACCCCAGGACGGCUCUAGAUGCCUCUAUAAAAAGUAGUGGAGUUUCCUAAAUUAGCCCCUGCGGUCUAUUUUCGUCAGACUCUUCACCACACACACUCCCUCGAUGUGGACACACUUCAGCAGUGAUGCAGAACUCAGCGCAGACACCUAUUCUAAUAACGAUCACACACGAAUACAGAUUAUUUUCAGUUCCAAGUAUAAACCGGGCUCAUUUCUCAGCAAAUUGUCAAACAUCUGUUCUUAUCGGUCGUGUUGUGACCUUCAUUUGACCUCCGCAGACGUCCAGAGGAGCGCAGCACAGCUCUUUGUGAUGGAGAGAAUCGUCUGUCAGCAGAGCUCAUGAUUUGUAAAUAGUCUUUUAUUUUGUCCCCCUUUGAUUUGUUAUUUUCACAGUUUUGUUUUUUCAUCGUGUUUUCUUGAUUUUUUUUUUUUUCUUUUCUUUUUUAUGCUUCAUAACCUGUCCAGAAAACACCGUAACGAGCAAGUUUCAGAUUCAGUGCACCAUGAAGGAAAAAUGUUCCACGUAUUAGCCAUCACUUUUUAAUACAAAAAAAAAAAAAAACACUGUUUUGGAACUAUGAAACGACCAUUCGUCAGAGACCUAUUUAUUUAUUUUUCCUUGCAGCGAACGGAAAAUUGACAGAAAAGGAUUCAGCUAUAGGAACACUGGGAGCAGUGGCGUACUCUGUACACGGGAUUUCUAACAAACACACACACACACAAAAAAAAAAAAAAAAACGUCCUUGCACUUAUUCUCGGCUCUCACCAAUUCGCAGCAGCUCUUCUUUUC